GCGAGCGAGAGAGAGGGGGAAAUAGACCGGGAGACAGAGAGCGAAAUAGAGACAGCGCGAGAAGGAAAGAGAGAGAGCGAUAUAUCCGUCCGCGUUGAUUCGCUCGUUCGUGUUUCUUUCUCGCCAUUGAUCCUCCCUUCUCCGCCGGCCCGGUCAAAGAGCGCACAAAGGAAUUCUAGAGGAUCGACCGGCAGUCAGUCGGGCCACGAUAUAUCAAGAGCAAGUGCGUUUCCAAGCCGUCACGUAGACGCCGCCGACGACGACGACGACGAAGAAGAAGAUUCACGCGAAGUUCAGAAGCAAGACGGAAGGAUGAGCAAAACGUUCACGAGGAGCGAAGUCGCGGAUGGCAGCGGCAAGGAAAAGACCCUGAUAAUCCUGCACGACAAGGUGUACGAUGUCACGUGCUUUCUGAACGAGCACCCCGGCGGCGAGGAGAUCCUGCAGGAGCACAGCGGGAAGGACGGUUCGGAGGACUUCGACGACGUCGGUCACUCGAAGGACGCCUUCGAUCUAAUGAAGAAGUACGUGGUCGGCGAGCUGGUCGACUCCGAGAAGAGCAACAAGAACCCGAAGGAGGGCUGGGCGUCCAGCUACGGGAAGGAGACCCAGAAGAAAGAGGAGGACGGGAUGAAUCCUCUGGCCCUGGGCCUCGUCGUCGCUAUAUUCGCCGCCAUUUUGUAUUUUGUGUACUUAUAAAGUCUCACCCCGGAGACUGGGCCCGUGCUCGGGGCCCGAAAAAGGACGCGUGGUUCCGGGCGUGACGCGUCGACGAUCCGGGGCCUACGACCGACUGACUGUGUCUUUCUAUCCUUAUUGCCUUCUUAACGGCCUUGCAACACGCACCGUGGCGACCGCCCGGGUCCGUUUUCACCGUUUCUCGUCGAUUUUCCUCGAUCUGUCGGACGUUCGAAAAAUCGCUGCAUCGCCGAGCAAAAAGAGACGGAAUUGUCAAAAGCGGCUUCGAUCGAAGCUACAUAAUUAGAUACAAUCGGCUUUCUCGCGUGGAGUUUACGCGUCUUUUCUCGGCUGUGCGACGAUUACGGAGCCUAAUUGCUUUGCGAACGUCGCUGAUAAGAAACUGUGGAAUUAGGCGAAACGGGUCGAAACGCGCCCAGGCACGUUGAACAAAGCGUAGAGAGCCGGGGAUAAGCGCGCGUCGACUAUCCGCGUAAAUCGCCGGAGGGCUGUCGACCCCCUAGGAACCAUAACUUCCAAUAAGCGGACGCGCGCCUGCUUGGACAAAUGAUCGUCGUUGUUCCUUGUUAUAUCGUUAUUUUGUGAAAUAGAGCAGGCGCGGCCGUGCUCGCUCGAGAAACGGUAAAUACACGUAUUUCAAUGCACAACCGGAGUCGUUGGUUUUCCUUCCCACUGAAUCGAUCGCCGGAGUAGUGUUAGCGUUCGAUGGAGCCCAUUCGGGUCGACGGUGACCCGAGGUAACGAUAUUACACGCGCGAUAACGGAACAGUAUCAUUGUUUGUGGUCGACCAUCUCUCGCUCAUUCUAUUAAUACCGUAUUAACAUUUAGUGCGUUCAUUAACCCGGUACGACGUGUUUGUUGGGAACUAAUGGUAGAUGCUACGUGUGCGCUCGGUAAUUACCGCGUCGAUUAAUUAUGUACUACGAAUUUCCGUGUACUUGUACGUGUAAAGUGGUAUUUUUCGAAAAUAUACGCUCGCUGGUUGCUGGUUAUGCGAACAUCA